UGUCAUGUGAUCCCCUGUCAUGUGACCCGCUGACUUCAGUCGGAGCUGCAGCCAACUUCACCUGCGGAGCGACAGACCGGCCGAAACCAGGUGGAAAAGAUGCAGGUGUUGCUGUGCUACUUCCUGUUGGCUCUGCUCAGCGCAGACGCCGCUCCAGCAGCAGACGAGAUCACUUACCUGCCCGGCCUGCAGAAACAGCCGGGCUUCAAACAUUACUCUGGAUACCUGAGUGUGGCCGACGGGAAACACCUCCACUACUGGUUCGUGGAGUCCCAGAAUGACCCGUCCUCUGACCCGCUGGUAUUGUGGCUGAAUGGCGGUCCCGGCUGCAGCUCUCUGGACGGGCUGCUGACUGAACAUGGGCCUUACCUGAUCCAGGACGACGGCGUAACGCUGCAGUACAACCCCUACUCCUGGAACAAGAUCGCCAACAUGUUGUACCUGGAGUCUCCAGUGGGCGUCGGCUUCUCGUACUCUGACGAUCAGCGAUAUGUCACCAAUGACACAGAGGUGUCUAUGAACAACUACCUGGCUCUGAAGGAGUUCUUCCGUCUGUUCCCCGAGUUCAGCAGCAGGCAGGUGUUCCUGACCGGAGAGAGUUACGGAGGAAUCUACAUCCCGACGCUCGCCGAGAGGGUGAUGGAGGACGCCAGCAUCAACCUGCAGGGCGUUGCCGUGGGAAACGGGAUGUCGAGUUACGAGAUGAACGAUAACUCUCUGGUGUACUUCGCCUACUAUCACGGCCUGCUGGGCAGCCAGCUGUGGACCGACCUGCAGAACUUCUGCUGCAGCGCCGGAAAGUGCAACUUCUACAACAACCAGAACCCGAACUGCAGCAACAGCCUGUCGGAGGUUCAGUACAUCGUCUACAGUUCCGGACUGAACAUGUACAACCUGUACGCCUCCUGUCCAGGUGGAGUUCACCACAGAGUCAGCGUGGAGCGGGGCCAGCUGGUGAUCAGAGAUCUGGGGAACUCGUUCGUCAACCAUUGGUAUACUCAGAUGUGGAGCCAGAAGUUAAAGGGUUUGGCGUCCCUGCACCGCAACGUCCGUCUGGACCCGCCCUGCACUAACUCCACCCCCUCUUCACUGUACCUGAACAACCCGUACGUCAGAGCUGCUCUGCACAUCAGCCCCAAAGCUCUGGACUGGGCCAUCUGCAGCGCAGAGGUGAACCUGAACUAUGGUCGGCUCUACCUGGAUGUCAGAAAACAGUACCUGAAGCUGCUCUCUGCUCUGAAGUACAGGAUCUUGGUGUAUAACGGGGACGUGGACAUGGCCUGUAACUUCAUGGGGGACGAGUGGUUUGUUGAGUCUCUGCAGCAGCAGGUGGAGGUCCAGAGGCGUCCGUGGCUCUAUGAUGACGUCGAUGGUCGGCAGGUCGGAGGUUUCGUCAAAGAAUUUGACAACAUCGCCUUCCUUACUGUGAAGGGUUCUGGUCACAUGGUUCCAUCCGAUAAACCCAUCGCUGCCUUCGCCAUGUUCACCAGAUUCAUCAAGAAACAGCCGUACUGACCCAGCUAGGCCCGUCUCUGAUGUUUGGACUCUCCAGGCUGCCGUAGUUUUCAUGUCAUGUCUUUUUUUUUUGUGUGUGUUUUUUUUUCUUUUAAUCUACUGCCAGCCAAUCAGCACAGCUCUCCUCUUUGCUGCUAAACGAAACAAAACGUCUCACCUAAACCAAUCACAUUGUUGCUUUCGAUCAACGCCCCCUCCUGGUGGUGGUGGGCUGUGGUUGUCAUGGAGACGAGCACUGCCACCUGUCUGUCUGUUGAUUUGUUUUUUUUAAUUUUCACUCUGAAUGUGAAACUUGUGCUGUUUUUGAUUAAAAGGGAAACUACACAUAAAAUUUGAUUUUAAGUAAA